CCUUUGUAUCAUCAUGAUUUGGCCAAUGUGCACCGCUCAACUUGUCAUUUGCCAAACAGGAACUCAUUCGAGUCAUUCUUCUGUGAACGCUUCUUACUUUCGUCUCAUUUUCCCUUCUCUUUUCUCUUUGAUUUGUCAAUAUCGCUCUGUGCUUUUUAAACAAUCGUCGCUUUCGAGGCCUUAUUCUCUGUUUUUGCUUGUACCUUUCAGUUGCUUUGACUCAGUCUGAUUUUCAUUGAUUCAAUUGCUGUUACGUUUCUUUUGUGGUUCUUCCUCUCGUGUUCCAUUACUGAUUUCUCUGUGCUUCUACUUCUCUUGUGGCUACUACACUACACCCGCUUCAGCAGACGAGAGUUUUGUCAUUAUAGAUAUUUCUCUUCCUCUAUUUCAUCUGUUUCUUUGAGUUUUUUUCGAAUCUAAAUUUGCUUUAUCAUCAUGGCUGCUCGUCGUCUUAGUACUAAUGCUCGCAUUGACCUUCAGCCCAUCCGCCAGGGCAUCCUUUUACCCUUCAAUGAUCGCCCCAAGGAAAUGAAGGCCCUUGUUGAUUGUAACGAACAGUUCUUUCGCUCUAUUCAGGAUACUGUAGGCGAAAAAAAAUACCAGAAACUCUCCCAUCUUUGGUUGGAAGCUUCACGUUCGGAUGUUUCCGACGCUGAUUUCCUUAUUACGACUCAAAGGCUUCUGCUUUGUCUCCCAGAAGAGGUUGACCUAAAGGCUGACCCCAAUACCACUAACGACUGCCCUCCACCCACCAGUUCUGUUCGCGUCGACCCUUCCCGCUAUCAUCUAUGGAGACAAUUUUGUAAUGUUCUCGGUUACGACAUGCCCACCCCCACUCCAAAAGGCGAUAAUAAAGGUCAAGACACCAUCCUUGAAUCUCCUACUUCGGAGGAGAACGAGGCUGUCAUGUCCAGUGACUCUGCUAAUGAGUAACCCUUUUCGUUUCCUGUUUUCACUUUUAUAUUACUAUAAUACUUGCUUCUUAGUUAUGUCAUCACCCUUUGUUCUCGUAUGUGUCCUUGAUAAUAAAUAAUGGUUGAAUUCACUUUCUUCAGUUUUUUAUUUUAUUUUACUUUUUUCGGAAAAAAUGAAUGGACACUUAAACACAUGUCCGUUUUCUUCCUCUUCUCUCAAUUUCUUUCUGUUACUCAUCAUCAAAGUUUACUCUUUCUCCGUAUACUUUGAAUACACCUUCCCUGUUGUUCUUUCUUUUAGUCUGGCUGCUAAGAUUUUUGCUUUAUGAAAUCAAUUAUUUUUCUUGCUUCUUGCAUUUGUUACUAGCUCUUUUAUCAUGCGCCAGAUUCCCUAACCUUCCAGCGCUAUAUUGAGUAUGCUGCAACUUGUUUCAUGAUGGUUAUGUCAAUUCUAUAUUUAAUUUUUGGUUUCUUUUAUUU